UGAAAAGUCUAAACCCCGGGCAAGGAGCUAACCCGGGCUGCCGGGGUAGCUGCGAGGCUGCUACCGGGCUAACCCGUCUGGGAGAAGCAAGUACCUUACCUGUUACCUGCCUACAGGAGCUCAUAGAUUAGGUACCUACCUUAAGGUAACUGGGCGUAUAUGUACCUUUAGGUAAGCCUGCGACCGUCCAGGCAAUGAAGGAGCUUAUGCAACCCAUUCCAUCGCUUUCCUACUCUACCUGCGCAUACCAUACCUACCUAAUCUCCUGUCCUGAGCUGCUCCAAACCACUACAACUACACGUACUCAACUUCGCCAACGACCCGUUACUUACUCGGGCACGCCUUCGCCUCUCUUUUGUUGUCGCCUACUUGUACUGCCUCCUCUCGCCUCCAUAAUCCUCCUCGUUCAGAAUAGUGGCCAACCUUCGGGUUCCCCCCAGCCAAGAUGCCUUCCGCCACCGGGUCAAAUUGGGAGAAAUACAAGAAGAACUUCGCCGACGACGAGAUAGAAGAGAAGAAGAUCACACCCCUAUCAGACGAAGAUAUCCAAGUCCUCAAGACCUACGGGGCAGCACCCUAUGGCAACGCCAUCAAGAACCUAGAGAAGCAGAUCAAGGAGAAACAGCAGAGUGUCGACGAGAAGAUCGGCGUUAAAGAAUCCGACACUGGCCUCGCACCACCCCACCUGUGGGAUGUCGCCGCCGACCGGCAACGCAUGUCCGAAGAGCAACCGCUUCAGGUAGCGCGGUGCACGAAGAUCAUUGCGGAUGAGGAAGACGAGACAAAGAGCAAAUACGUCAUCAACGUGAAGCAAAUCGCGAAGUUCGUCGUCCAGCUCGGCGAGCGGGUGUCCCCGACCGAUAUCGAGGAGGGUAUGCGUGUCGGCGUCGAGAGGAACAAGUACCAAAUCCUCUUGCCCCUCCCGCCUAAGAUCGAUGCGAGCGUUACGAUGAUGACCGUCGAGGAGAAGCCCGACGUUACGUACGGCGACGUUGGUGGUUGCAAGGAACAGGUCGAGAAGUUGCGGGAAGUCGUCGAGAUGCCGUUGUUGUCACCCGAGCGGUUCGUCAACCUGGGCAUCGAACCUCCGAAGGGCGCCCUGUUGUACGGGCCCCCGGGUACCGGAAAGACGCUUUGCGCCCGAGCCGUCGCGAACCGGACAGACGCUACCUUUAUCCGAGUGAUCGGCAGCGAGCUGGUUCAGAAAUACGUGGGCGAGGGAGCGAGGAUGGUGCGGGAGCUGUUCGAAAUGGCCCGGACGAAGAAAGCGUGCAUCAUCUUCUUCGACGAGAUCGACGCUGUCGGCGGCGCACGGUUCGACGACGGUGCUGGCGGCGACAACGAGGUGCAGCGAACGAUGCUGGAGCUUAUCACGCAGCUCGAUGGCUUCGAGGCGCGUGGGAACAUCAAAGUCAUGUUCGCGACGAACCGGCCAUCGACGCUGGACCCGGCGCUGAUGCGGCCGGGCCGGAUCGACCGCAAGAUCGAGUUCUCGCUGCCCGACCUCGAGGGCCGCGCGAACAUCCUGCGCAUCCACGCCAAGAGCAUGUCAGUGGAGCGCGACAUCCGCUGGGAGCUCAUCUCGCGGCUCUGCCCCAACGCCACGGGCGCCGAGCUGCGCAGCGUCUGCACCGAGGCCGGCAUGUUCGCGAUCCGCGCCCGCCGCAAGGUGGCCUCGGAGAAGGACUUCCUCUCCGCCGUUGACAAGGUUAUUAAGGGUAAUCUCAAGUUCAACUCUACCGCCACCUAUAUGCAGUACAACUAAAAGCCCAGCUGGUUCGGGCUCGGUUCGAGAACUGACCUUGACCUCGGACUACGCUUGUGGGCACGACGCGCACGAAUAUACUACACAAACAACACACCUACACAGCGCACGGGCGCGAGCGAGCGCAGCCGUGUUUUGCAAGAUUACGCUUUUUACCUAGCCGGUAGAUAGAUAGGCCCUUUCUCCACCUGUGCCCUCCUAACACCCCUUUCCCCCCAACCACACCUACUCCGGCGACCCCUUUUCCUAGGUUACGGAAAGGGGGGAAGAAAGGGCUAGAAUAUCUAAAGGGAAAAGGAGGGAGAAGGGGAGACGGGGCAUUCGACUGUACGAAUACAAUAGACGAAAAGCCGCGUGGGGCCGACGAUGAUUGAUGGCUUUCCAACGCCGGCCGGCUCCUGCAUUUUGUUCUGUGCUCUCUUCCCCUAGUGUAUGAUGAAUUCUCGCACGUGCAUAAUAGUGACUAUGUAGCGAACUCUCUCCCUUUUUGAACGUGGGAU